AUGUUUUCACAGACGUGCCACAAGUUCUCCGGGGUUGUGGACUCGUUUCUGGCUUCUAACGGCGGCGCGCUCCGCAAGGCGACCCAAGAUCACGUGAGAGAGUCGCUGAGGGUUUUGCACGAAGCCCUAGAAAGAUAUGAUCUCAACCAGAUAUCGCUCUCUUACAACGGCGGAAAAGACUGUCAAGUGAUGGUCAUUCUACUUUUAGCCGCUCUCUGGCGCCGUUUUGGGGAAGAUCCGGCUGUUCUCAACAACCUGGGCGCCUUCAAAUCCGUCUACGUGGCUUCAGAAAAGGCGUUUGAAGAAGUGGACACAUUUGUGGACAAUUCAUGCCAGGAAUACGGACUGCAGCAGAUCCGGCUGUCUGAGCCAAUGAAGGCUGCGUUCGAGCACUUUUUGAGCGAAAACCCUACCGUCAAGGCCAUUAUUGUUGGCAUUAGAAGAUCGGAUCCGUAUGGACAACAGCUCAAGCCGUUUGAUCCGACUGAUUCGGGAUGGCCAGACUUUAUGAGAGUCCAUCCAGUGCUGGAAUGGAAGUAUGUGAAUAUCUGGGACUUUUUGAGAGGAACAGAUUCGGCCUAUUGCUGUCUGUAUGAUAAGGGAUAUACAUCUUUGGGUGGCACAGACUCGACUGUCCCGAAUCCCAAGUUGUUGAAAAAGGGAACUUGUGCCGAGUUUUUGCCUGCUUAUGCGUUGGUGAAGGAUGAGGAGGAGCGUUUGGGCAGAUUUCGCAAGUGA